AUGUCCGGCCCAAAACCUGAGUUCAAACCACUUCAAAACGUUUGUGAAUUCCUUACGGCUAUCCACAUCUACGCCGACGAAGCACGAGAGGGCAAAACGCGAUACGUCCCUGCGGUUCACUACUGCUCUCACGUGCGGAAAGAUCUUCGUCAGUGUCUCAUAUACGACAGUCAUGAGAAGAAUGCACGCUUGAUUGGUGUCGAGUACAUGGUCCCAAAGCACGUGUACGAAACGUUCCCUCCAGAAGAGCAGAAGCUGUGGCAUUCGCACGAGUUUGAGGUGAAAUCGGGCAUGCUCAUCUUGCCGAAGCCGGAGGAACACGAUGCAGAGGCAUGGGAGAUGGACGAAACCAAAGCCAUGGAGGAGAUCAUCGGCCUCUACGGCAAAACUUGGCACUUUUGGCAGACCGACGCUGGACAUGACUUUCCAUUUGGUUCUCCCCGGCUGAUGGGAUCGGCGACUCAACCAGAGCAGGUCAAUCUUGAAGAAGCCCUGGCAGAGCGUAACAAGACCUUUGGAGUCGAUCACAAAUCCAAAGCUGAGGCUCGAAAGCAUAUCGCUGCCCCCAAAGUCCAUCCAGAGGCGGAUAGUUGGUGGAAGUCCGCAGCGUAA